CUAGGUAUAAAGCAGAUAGCAUUUGGACUUGGAAGUAACUAGUAUCGAAAAAAAUGUUGCGACGACGCCAUCAGGUUGUGUAUCUUGUUCUUUCAAUUGCAUUUUGUGCUCUGUUAUCCGUUACCGCCACCAUUUGUCCCCAGUGCGAUGGCUCCGAGGGCUGUAGACUUCCCACUAAUAUAACGUGCACUGACCAAAAUGCACAAGCAAUGUUCCUCAAACUUCAGACCAUUUUACCCAGCUUACCCAACACGAUAAUAAGGAAUGGAACCUAUGGCUGUGUGUCAAUAGAUUAUCAAUCUGAAAUUCGCCCAUCGAUUGUCACUCGUGGGUGCCUUUUUCCGGCAAAUCCCAAUAUUUGUGACCAACCAUUGAUAGAUGAUUACCACACCCACUAUUGGUGCUUUUUUAUGUAUUCGAGUGAAACGACGGUUACAAGUGCACCACCCACGACACCAAUUCCACCCAACAACGGGGACAAUGGUGGUGCCUCCACUUUGAAGUUGGGUUUUGGAUUACUCAUUGGAUGUUGGACACUUGCGAUGAUUUUAAGUUUAAACUGAUUCAAGCUAUUUAAUUGGAAGAUGUUUUAGUAACCAAAUGCUCUGUAUUAAAUUCAAGGAUGCUCUCGAAAUAAACAUUUUAUAAACA